UCCGGGAGCGGCGCAGGUGUUCGGUCGACUUGUGACCGGCAGAGCGCGGCUGUCUCCGUGCGGGGUGCCGUUCCGAGCGUGCUCCCGACCCCGACCACCCGCGGCCCGGCGUCGACACCGGCACAGCAUCCGACGGCAGUGACGGACAUCCGGCCGGCCCGCCAGACGCCAGACCGACCAGAUGGCGCUGCUCUCCCACCGCGGGUUAUCGCAGCUAGCGCUGGGGCUGCGCGGCCUCUCGACCGUGCGCCUGAGCGACAACCUGGCGCUGCUGACCGUGUCGGAGGUGCCGGCGCGCGGCGUCUCGCCGGAGCACGUGCUGCGCCACACGGCCGACCAGCCGGUGGCCAUCAUGCUGCCGUGGCUGGGGGCCACGCAGAAGGGCAUCCGCAAGUACGCCGACUUCUACCUCAGCCAGGGCUUCAACGUGCUGGUGGGCACCGUGACGGCCAGACAGCUGCUUCUGCCUGAGAGCGGCGCCCAGGUGGCUGCGCGCCAGCUGGUGGACGUUUUGCUUGCGAACGAUGACGUCAGUCAGUACGUGGUGCACGGCUUCUCCAUCGGGGCGUACUACUGGGGCGAGGUGCUGGGGCAGAUGGCCUGGAUGGACCCUGGACGGACCAUCACCAGGAAGAUUACUGGCCUGGUGUUCGACAGCCCCGCCGACAUCACGGAGAUCCCAGUCGGCCUGUCGAUGGCCGUCACCGACAAUGUCCUGCUGCAGAAGAUGAUCGCUGCAUACGCCAAGUUUCACCUGAAGACCAUGGAGAAGCUGGCGACGCGUCACUACCGCGAGGCGAAGCGUCAGUUCGUGCACUAUCCGCUGGAGGACGCCACCGCCGUCAUGUUCCUGUGGUCCCAAAAUGAUCCGGUCUGCUGCUGCGAAGCCAUCCUUGACGUGUUCUACAAGUGCUGGCCCGACUCGAAGCACGUGCGCCACCUGAUCCAGCAUCCGGGCGAUUACCACUGGGAGGUGUCCGAGUUCUUCAAGCACUUGGGGCACCUGCGCUUCCCGGACCGGUUCCCCGCCCACAGACAGGCGGCCGCCGAGAAGCUGAUGCAGUACGCGCGCGAGGCGGCCGACUUCUCCACCGACCACCGGCUGCCGCAGCUGCCGUUCGCGCUCAACCACUACGGCCGCGAAGACGUGGCCAUGUUCGACUUCACCUGCAUGUAUGCCUCGCUGAACGCCGGCAAGGUGAUCGAGCGGUGCGGCCACAGGCUGUUGCUGCAGCUGGUCGGCGACAGCCUGCACGAGCCGUUCUGGCCGACGGGCAGUGGCUGCGCCCGCGGCUUCCUGUCCUGCUUCGACGCGGCCUGGCAGAUGCGUGCCUGGGCUAACCCGCGCGUCACGACGCUCGAGUGUCUGGCCGAGCGCGAGUCCAUCUACCGGCAGCUGGCGCAGACGACGCCGCGCAACCUCAGCUGCGAGUACGGCGGCUACACCCUCGACCCGCGCACCAGGUACCCGAAUCUGAACCGGACGUCGGUGAGCCCGUACCAGGUGUGCGCGCUGGUCGACACCGACUGCCCGGAGGCGCUGCAGCAGCAGCUGACGGUCGCCGACGAGGACGGGGGCGGC